AUGCUGGAAGACGAAGAUUUUGACGAGAUACCUAAAUUCCUGACCAAUUGGAGCAAUGAUUAUUUGAAUGACGUAGACACAUCACAAUAUCCUUUCCCAAAUACACUAUGGCAUGUAAAACCAGCCAAAGAGUUAGCUCUCAAAUCCACUGCAAUGGUCUUAGUAGGAGUCAUUGGCAUAUUCCUGAACUCUGUCAUCAUUGUCAUCCUCAUGAAAAAUAAGUGGCUUUGGACGGCGAGCAACUAUCUAAUCGGAAAUCUUGCGGUUAUUGACCUGAUUACCUUGAUUCUGUGUCCCUGGUUUAUGCUAGUCAGGGAUUUCUAUCAGAGUUAUGUUUUGAGGACCUUCGGUUGCAGGUUUGAAGGAUUUUUACAAGCCUCUCUUCUCUUAGCUAGUGUGGUAGCAGUUAUACUAGUAUCUUACGACAGACUUGCAGCAGCAGCGUUAACUUCUGAAGCUCGUGUCACGAAGUCCGCAGCUCCAAAACUAAUCGUUGCGUCUUGGAUUAUACCUAUCGGAUUAUCAUUACCUUGGAUUGUUAAAAGGAAGUACAUGGAACGUCAGUGGCUCGAUUACGUAGAAUCCUUCUGCGUGGAAGACUUAGACAUUCUUAGCAUAUAUUGGCACUUCAUCGUUUUAUUGCUUGUGUGGAUACCACUUGGCCUUAUGAUUGUGACCUAUGGAACGAUUAUGUGGCGUUUGGAGUGGAGCGCCCGGGAACUAUCAUCACGUGGAGGUGGUCAAACAAUAUCCAGAGCGAGAGGCAAAGCUAUGAGGAUAACAGCUUGUAUCUUAUUAGCAGCAGUUAUAUGUAGGAUUCCGUACACUAUUUUGGUGUAUUGGAGAAAUAAUCUAAGAAGGGAAAUCAAUGCGGUAGAAGGAAGCUUUGGAAUAAUGUGGUUCGUAGCCAGCUACCUCAUGUACCUCAACUGCGCCAUCAAUCCUCUCAUCUACGGUUUUACUAAUAUCAGAUUCAGGAGAGCUAUGGACCGAACUCCUGGCAUAGCUUGCUUCAGAUUUGGCUCAUGGUGCUGUAUUUGUACCACGGUAAAGUUUCAAAACUACAACGUUGAAAAGAUCUUCAUCAUAGAUAGUCCACGUCCUAACAGAAAGCUGUCCAGAAUGGUCAAAAAUAUUUUCCACAUUAACAGACACACAGUAGAACUCAGCGUCCCGAAAGUUGAUGAAGCAACUACAAAACCAACUAAAGUUACUCCACUGAAGAUAGAGCAUGUACAGGAAAUAAAAAUUUGUAACUGA